GGUACAGCUUUCUUAUCGACUUUCACCUUGUCUACGUCGCGCUGGAAAGUCAGACUAGCACCGGACAAUGCGCUUCACAUUGCAGCCGGAAUUUGGUCCGCACUGCAAAUUCUCUGAAACAGCUUGCAUGUUGAUUACACAGCCUACUGGCCGAUUCGGCCAGCUCCCCUAAAUUUUGCCGGUGGACCGACUUCCGUAUAUCUUAUUUACUCGCUGUCGCACGUCUCCCCCACAGUUUUCGGUGAUGCCGCGUAACGGAGCGUAUGCGACCUUGCUCACCAAGACCGAGUAUUUGCCCGGCGCACUAGUGGUUCACAAGGGCCUCGUUGACGUAGGGUCCAAAUACCCCCUGGUGGUCAUGGUCACUCCUCCAGUGCCCCAGGAGACAAGGCAUAUCCUGCAGGAGCGCGGCAUGAUCCUGGUGGACGUCGAGUCUCUCCUGCCGACUGCAGGCACACACGCCGUGGCGGCGCAUGAUAUUCGCUUCCAGGAUACAUGGACGAAGCUCAGAUCCUUUGGGCUGACUCAGUACGAUCGUAUUGUCAUGCUCGAUUCGGACAUGAUCGUCAUGAGGAACAUGGACGAACUCUUCGACCUAGACUUGCCCAGCGAUCAGAUAGCUGCAGUGCACGCUUGUGCAUGCAAUCCUAGGAAGUUACCCCAUUACCCCUCAGACUGGGUCCCAGAGAACUGUGCGCACAGCGCGGUCGUACAUCCCACUGCAAUCACGAACCCCCCGCAGAUACUGCCUACCAGCCCGCGUCCAUACAAGCUGCUCAACUCUGGCCUGGUCGUUCUCAACCCGUCGAAAGAGCUCGCCUCCUCCCUCAAUCACUUUCUAGAGACGUCCCCUCUCGUGCCAACGUUCUCGUUUCCGGAUCAGGACCUGCUUGCCGCAUACUUCGACGGCAAGUGGAAGGUUUUACCUUGGUGCUUUAACGCCCUAAAGACUCUACGAGAGAUCCACAAGCCACUGUGGCGAGAUGAUGAGGUCCGGUGCCUUCACUAUAUCUUGCACGAUAAGCCGUGGACGACGCCUCGAGGGACUGCCGGCAUAUACGAGGAGACCCAUGGCUGGUGGUGGGAUCAAUAUGAAGAGUUGGGGAGGGAAAUGGCAGCGUCGAACCCAGCGGCGUGGAGGCUCGUGGAUGCGCAGGUCACAAAGCUAAACUCCCACUGUACAUCUGAAUAGACUAAUACCCUGCAGCUGGUGAUACAUGCUGUACAGCACAUGUAGUCUUUCUGUUAGCGGGCUCAAUUUACGCUCUCCACGCGACAUGGACCUCAUCCGUGCGGAAUCUAAGCCGAGUGUUAGC